UAAUUUAAUUUGCUUUGUUAAAUGUAAAGUUUACAUGGACCUCUAGUUACAAGCUGGCAGCCCAACAUUGGGCCCGAAGCCUCAAAAAUUUAAAACUUCUUACCGAAAGCCGAGCUUAAUUUUUUCUUCUAACUUUUCUGCUGAUAUGAACAAUUUCGAAGGAUUAAUCCAGUGUCCUUGGCUUUAGUGUGAAGCAGUUACACAGCAGCUAAAAGGUCAUCUCCGUAGCGUCAUUGGAGAAGACAUCAUGCUGACAAUGGCUCUUAUUGGAUGUCUUCCAGAUAACGUUCAACAGGCAAUAAAAAGUUUCUCCAUCAGACCUGGUAAGCAGCAUAUCACAUUUGCGUUUCCAUUUAUGGAAGAAACCCUUCGAACCUUCUGCGAAACGGACAGCAUCAACGAGGCUCAUAUUGACACUGCAAACAAGAACAGGCUCGCUUCCCCUACGUCAUCGGUCCUGUUCUUCGACGAAUGUCUGGAGGUGGUCCAUGGGUUUCAGACUUACGUAACGAUUUUGCCGCAGUUAAAUAAGCCCUGUCCUAGAAGCAGUCUUCCAGUGGUGAUGUUGACCCUCUACCAGAGGGAUACUACAGAAGGCAUCUGCAGACACUUCCAAAGUCUCAUCAGAACCCUCGUCGAGCACAAAGUCACUCAAGACUUUUGGAAAUUGCCUUUAAUGGUUGCAGAAUUAAGUAGCAAAUACAAGGAAAUGAUUCUGGACAUUUGCGCAGAAACCAUCAACGAGAUACAGACAGAAAACCUGAGCCACACAUUUCCAGGAAAAUCUCCUGAACAAACAAUACAACUAGUCAAAGAAAAAAUUCUUCGGCCUUGUUUAGUGUCAUAUCCAGAAUUCCUUCGCAGGCACACGCAAGAAGUAAUGCGAAAUUUAACUGCAACCGACCCCAGCUAUUUUUUGUCGCUUGUCGAAUUACUACAAUCAACGACUUGCUCAAUAUUAGACUAUAAAAAAGUCGACAUGAUGUUUAAGAGCCCUGGUAUAGACCCUGUCAUUCGAGAGAUGUGGCGAGUUUGGGGACACGAACAGAUAUCCAGAAAAGUCUUCCCCGUGACUAUGGCCGCUUCAACACCCGUCACCAAACUGGGUCCUCUGUACGGUCACUUACCUGGGGUUUCGGACACAGGUCCAGAAGCUGUAGUUAGCGUUGGGACUCUAUCUCAUGUGCCUGUCAAAGAAGGCUUGCAAAGUGUCAUCAAAUGUCUCAAAUCACAAGACAUAUCACAAAUAAAACUCAGAAGUACGGACCAUGAUUCCAAAUUCCAUUCUUGUAACUGCAGUGUCUGCAAGAUACAGCCCCAAACACGGAGAAAUUCCAGACUUAGGUUGUAUGGAGAUAUUUCAAAGCAGACCGGCACAACGUCAGACUGCUCAGCUUUCCAUCUUCCCUUGCAAAAGAGACAAUCAUCAGUAACAUCUUCCGGUGAUUUCUGCAGCAGAACAUCAGUAUCCUCAUUCCGUCUUCAGUCCAGCGUGUCAUCCUUGUCUUACCACCCUCGGCACCAUCAUCACCACAAUACAUUUCUUCCAUCACCGGUAGAUAGCAAUUCCAGGAACCAGCAUGCGGACUAUCAUCAGACUUUCGAUAUUGCAUCCACCGAUGGAUCGUCACACCACGAUAGAUCUGCUUACGGAUCCAUGUCUUCGUCUGGACACGUGAUCCAGCCUGUUCCUCACUAUCUUCCAAUCAACUUGAAAGCUUUUUCUCAGAGAAUGCUAUAUGGAUAUCCCAUGCUGAAUAAGCCUCAGUAUCCACUCUCCAUACCUGCUAGACCUACACAUUAAAAAACUCGCAGGAUUCGUUCAGAAAUCAUUGGAUACCAUGGAUACCAUACUUUUGGAUUCAAACUGCAUGUUAUUGAAAAGAUCCUUACCGUGAGAUUUGAUUAAUAAAUCUCAGACAUAUAACAAGAGUUCAGAUUUUUCACAAAAUUGCGGACUGUCUGAUAAGAUAAUGUGCUUAAAACCCAAAGAUUUAGCCUUUAGGUCAAGGAACUAUAUUCUAAUAGUUUUCGAUAUGGAGUUUGGGGAAGUUCAAAAGAAAAGGUCUCGAUAGUUCAUCGAAGCAAUGAAUAUGUAUCUUCAAUCUGAAAAUCCAGAUUGUCAGUGUUAAGAUACAGACUUAGAGCUAUAGAUCUGUAUUAUAAGGACUUUUACUAAAACUGAAAUGCAAGAUGAAGCCAGUGAAAUGUAAAUUUUAAAAAAGUGUAAUAAAGUUUCUUGUGAGCUAA